GCCUAGUACGAGUUGAAUCCUCCAAUUUGCUGGUCGUCCUUCAUAUGUUGUGCCAACCGUAAAUGAGCUAUUCAUUGUAAAGACAAUCGCGCAUGUUAGACACACAACGCCGACCGUGAGUCUUGAAUUACCAUCACUUACCAGACAUCGGCAAAUGCCCGCUACAUCGUAGCAUCACCAUGGGAUGCAGUAACUCCAGUCAUAACUGCGUUUCUCCCAAAAAGGAAGAUAGUAUGGAACAAUUGCCACCGACAUCAUUAACAGAUCAACACAGGGUCAUACUGCUAGACUCUUGGAAGGUAAUUCAGGAAGACAUUGCCAAGGUUGGAGUCAUCAUGUUUAUGGGUCUUUUCGAAACCCACCCAGAAUGCAAGGAAGUGUUCAUGCCAUUCAAAGAAUUACAAGGGGACGACCUUCGGUGGAGUUCAGCAUUGAAAGCGCACGGUCUGAGAGUUAUGGCUGUUAUAGAAAGAGUACUUGCUAGAAUAGACAGUGAUGAAAAAAUUGAAGAACAUUUAAAAGCAUUAGCCAAGAAACACGUCGAAUAUGGUGCAAACUCCGAUCUAGUAAGACUAUUUGGUCCACAGUUUAUCGGAUCCAUGAAGCGCCAGCUUCACAAGAGCUGGUCCGACGAGAUGCAGGAUGCCUGGACUGUUUUAUUUGACAUAAUCAUCUACCACAUGACAACGAACAUGGUGCCCGAACAACCUGAAAACAACAAUAUCGCAAAGAGACAGAAGAGCUCAAGAAAAUCGCGCACAAAAUAUAUGAUAGAUAAUGGACAUUCACAAUAAAGCCAAACAGUGGGGUUUACAUGAACGUUUUGUAAUACAAAAAUGACUGUGUUGCAGUUUUUGGAGGAGCGUGUAUAAUGACUAUGAUUGUUUUGAGAACGUGUACCGUACCAAGCGAGCACAACGCCCACUUGAAUCCAACCCUUGACAACGUUUCAGGCGAUGUAUGUUGGUACUAUGUGGGGAUAUAAAAGACAAGAUCAAUUCCAUCUUCAUCGUUCUCCUUUGAUAUCCGCACACCUAUCGGAAUUCACGAACACUUGCGAUUCAGCCAAUACAUUUACAACAACGUAAAUCAGCAAUGCAUUCGUUUGAUUAAUUAAAUAAUAUGCAAGUUUAUUCAUAACAAAUUACACUGGUGAAUGUAAACAUUCUUGGAGAAAUAUUUUCUUAUUAUACAACACUUUUUCACGUGUUCAACAACUGAAAUGUUGACACAUUCAUCACGGACAAUUUACCGUGAUCAUGUAUGGACUCAGGAUUAAAAUCGAGAUAUUUAGCAUGAGUUGUUGAGGAAUUAUUCUUGUCCUGU